AUGCCUUCGACAGGAGUCAGCGUUAGGAUCAGUGAGGAACAGGCGUCCAUCCCGAGUCCUAGCAUUAUGGGCACCAUGCUCGAGCCAGAUCUACCAUCUUACACCAGCGUUGAUACCCGCAUAGACCCACCCGCGUACACUGCGCCAUCUGCAUAUCGCAUCGGUGGCACGACUCUGGGAACACCCCUUGUGCACUUGCACCAUCUCCGUGCACAUCUAGCGCUCCUGCGCGCAUUCAAGGUACUGCGGAGUGCCGUCGAAGGAGCGCCUGGGUUGGGACUCGAGGGCGGGAAGAUGGAAGGCACAGCGAAGUGGGCGUGGUUUGUUGGGUUGGCUGUCGAGCGCUUCCAGCGCUGGGCCGCCGGAGUCCGUCCGGGAACCCUUCAGAGAUGGGUCGCAGAGGAGCUCCCGCCGAUAGACGUGCUCAUGGUCUGGCACGCGUACUUGCUUAACCCGGGCUGGUACGCAGAAGAUUGCCUCAGGCUGCCUAUCAUGAAAACCUUGGGGGGGCUGGGUGAUAGGUACAUUCAUGCGGUGGUGGAGAUGGGUGACCUGGCACAGUACCAGCCCUCUUCGGAACGUAUAGCCAGCUGGCAAGAACAAACAGGCACGCCCUGGGACCCUCUCGAAGCAGCAGCGCAAAUGAAGCAUCGCACUAUCAGGUGCCCUAAGUGUCUUACCUCUGCUAACGCACCGUACCUGACGGCGGACGGUACCGGCUACGCGCAGCACAAGUUCGCGCUCGCGUGUGCUCACUGCGGAUGCGCAGUGACACUCGAGAAACUGGCGGUACGCAAGUUCAUGCGGGAUCUGACGGAGCCGUAUCAAGGCCCCGAGCUCGCGUUCGGCGGAUAUUUUGCGGGGACGCUGUUCACACAGACGAACGCGACGAACACGGCGCGCGCAGAAGCAGUGAAAGGUUUCUUGUUACGAAUGGGGACGUUCAGGAAGUCGGACGAGCAUAUGUCCCGCAAGACUUGGGAGGAUGACGUGCUGAAGAAGCUGGACUACUCGCUGCUCCGCGCGCGUGCUGCGGUCAAUAUAGCCCUGAGGUCGGGAGGACGGCGUUUGCCCACGAGGAUAUUCAGCGCGUACACGGACGACCGUCCGUUCUCGAUCGAUUUGGUUGGCGCAGUUGUUCGGCAGGGCUCGUUCAUUGACAAGAUGUACGCAUUUGGGUGGACCGAGCCGGGCUACUUUGACGACAAGGAGGACGAGCUCGUGCUUGUGCACGCUACGGCCCGCUACCAUGCAUUCUUGGACCUAAUGAGCUCGUCGCCGAUGUCGUUUUUCGUGCCGACGCUCGACAUCGAUCUCGUGUGGCACUCGCAUCAGCUCAUGGGCAGUCGGUACGCCAACGAGUGUGCGCGGUAUGUAAAACGUUACAUCGACCAUGACGAUAAGGUCGAAGAGAACCAUCUAGCUACGUCGUUUGAUGUCACCUGUCGUGCUUGGGAGGAGCGAUUCAAACUCCCGUACACCCACUGCGGCUGCCCCCUGCCCGGGGAGACUAUUGGGCGGCGCCUCAGUCGCCUCUCACAGAACCUCUUCCACACGGCCAACUCAGACACGCCCUCGGCACUACGCCCACCCCCGCGCGCCGAUGCGCUCUCCGCGACGCACGCGAGUGAGCACAACGCGAUUGCGGCCGGCGGGGGCCUGCACGCCGCGCGCGUGGAGCACCACCGCCGCGCCCGUGCGGAGAAGCUCGCACGGCGACGGCAGCGCGACGCGGAACGCGUUCGCGCCGGGCGUAUGGACGCGCAGGCGUUCGAGCGCGGGCGGGCGCACGACGCGGCGUUCCUGACGCCCGUGCCGUUCUACUACCCUGUUGCGGCGGUGCUGGGGCAUGUGCUGGAGGGGGCGGGUGUAGUGGUGGGUGCGGCGGCGGAGGGUGUAGCGGAGGGGGCACAUCUGGAGGAUGCGGCGGCGGUGGAGGAUGCGGAGGUGGCGGAGGUGGCGGCGGAGGAUGCGGGGGUGGCGGAGGUGGCGGCGGCGGUGGAGGAUGCGGAGGUGGCUGAGGGGUUGGGAGUUAUUGUUGAGGAUCUCUCGACGAAGCUGUUGUCGUCGUGCGUGCUACUACUCUGUGACUCUCUGUGUUGUUGGAUGUACGAUUAUGUGGUGCUUUUUGUAUACCUGGUCUCACUCGAUCUAUCGCAAGUCGUCACAGGGCUUACAGCCGAGAAGAAGGCAAUCCUCCGCUUCAAGGAAGCGGUACACAGCGUGAUGUCUGCGGCGGGCGACCUCAAGGCGGAGGUGCUCGCCACGGAUAACGCACAUAUUCACGCGGUUUCUGAAGGAAUCAGGAAGGUGUUGACGGUCACGCUUGAGGAGCUACAGGCUGAGUUUACGCCGUCGGGGGAGGCGCCUGGGCAUGAGACAAGGAAGGCGCGGGUCACCGAGACAUUGAGGCGCGCAAAGGACGCAAUCCUGAAAGUUCUGGUGGGAUGCGGGGUGUCCGAGACGACGGCCAGAACUCAUUUGGACAAUCUCUACCCGCACAUCGAAUUUCUGAUCAUUAUGAUUGGUGAUCUUGCGGAGCAGAACCCAGUGUCGCUCACAGUCUUGCUGCAUUACGGAACCGUUCUACUAAUUCCCGAAUCUUGGCUCCUCCGUGCGUUGCUGGGUUUGUUCGGCUUUCCACCCGUUGGGCCUGUGAAAGACAUGAUUGCAUCUCAUGCACAACACUUCUUCUUUGGUGCCCCCGUCAGGAAGGACAGGGGGUUCACGUUCCUCCAGGUGGCCGCGAUGCGCGCGUUCAUGCGGAUGCUCAAUGCUCGUAAAGUGUCUCGGUCUCGGUUGUGA